GAGAAUUUUCACUCUUCUUUUCUUUGCAAAGAAUGAUUAUCACUCAACAAAAAGAUCGCCAUCAUACUACGAGUCCCGUAGCCAUGGAAACGCACAGCCGCUGAAGAACUCUCUGCCUCUGCCCUGCAGAUGACGAUCCAUUGAGAAAGUAAAGCAAGGUGACCACAAGCGGAGAGGUUCCCGACUCAGCUCCAGUCUCGCUUCUGUUCGAAAAGGGAUCCCACUCCCAGCCGACCAACCGGUUGUGUAUGCGACGUGUCCAGCGUAGAAACGCCCCCAAAGUCCCCGACAGCCCCGACACGAAACGGGCGUUCAGUCGGCGUCUCGCCGUCGCCCAGUCCAUUGGCAUUCCCGCACCGUCGCAAUGUCGCCCGAACAUAUCAGAUCGAACAUUCAUCGCUUUCGCGUCCGACAGACAUCCCCAUCCUCGUCAGCCCUGCCGCCGCCGUCUUCAGGUCCAAUCUCACCGGCGCUGACGGGUCAAAGUCCUACCGCAAUUCCUAGUGCCGCCAACAUCUCCGCUUCCGUAGCAGCAUCAGCAUCGGCGGCGGCGGCGGCGUCGUCAUCCAUCUCAGCAUCGUCGCCAAAGGUCGCCCGCGACAUCCCCGCCUGCGACCGCUGCCGCAGCUUCAAGAAGAAAUGCAGCCGCACUUUUCCCAUCUGCACCCUCUGCGCCAACGCGGGACACAAGUGCUCCUUCUCCACGCCCGCCGCCUCCACUGCUGCCCAGACGCACCAUCUGCGCGCCCGGAUAGAAUGGCUCUCACGCUUCAUCAACGAGAACCUCCCUGUCGCCGGCGCCCCUGGCGUAGAGACCCUUGAUACAGGCACGGAUAUCGCCUCCGUCUUGGGAUCCUCGCCGGCUGCUACCACGACAACCACAGCCAGUAAUCGUGGGGAACCGCGGGACACUUUCGCCGUGCACCAACAACCGCUUGGGACAUCGGGGUCGAUUCUGUUUGACCAGAGGAGUCUCGCGGUCAACGUAGAGUCGGAAUUAUCAUCGUCAAGGGGCAAUGAUCACAUGCGAGCUCUGCUUCAGCCCGCACCGGAGCCCGGAAGGAUUCUUGGCAUUGAGAGCCUGCGCGACGGAGAAGGCUUCACGUCAUCGAGCUUGCCCCGCGACGCCAUUGCUCGUAGGUUCGUUGACGCCUACUUCCGCAACGUCAACCGGGCGUACCCUUUUGUCAACAGGACAAAGGUCCUCCGGGACCUCGAGUCACUCGGCGAAUCGUCCAAGCGGCGCAGGGAUGCCGACUCUACUUUACUGUAUCUCAUCAUGGCGAUUGGGUGCACCACCCUACAGCGCGCCGGCCAAAUCCCCAACGACACGGCCUCCAAGUUCGACGUGGCCUAUGCCGACAUCAUCCAGGAGUGUCUUGUAAGAGAGGACCUCGAGUCGAUCCAGAUCCUCGUCCUAGUGGCACUGUAUUCACUCUUCGACCCAAAGGGCAUCUCCACGUGGUCUAUAGCAGGCAUCGUCUCCCGGCAGGCCAUGCUCCUCGGCCUGAGCAGGAGAUCCUCCGAGGACAAGAACCUUUCGGCCAUGGACAUUGAACUUCGGCACCGCCUAUUCUGGAGCAUUUACGUCCUAGACCGGAUGAUGGCCAUCUCUCUGGGUCUCCCCGUAGCCCUCAUUGACGAAAACGUCGAUGUCCCGCUACCAGGCCUCACAAUCGAAGAGUUCGCCUCCCCGGACCGUCAACACUUCGCCUCCAUCCUCCAGACAAAUCGCCACGUCAUCCAGCUCAGGCAGCUCGAAGACCGUAUUCUCAAACAGAUUCACACCCGCAAACAAUCAGAGGUCGCUGCGCUCUCGCAAGCAGACAGGCGCGCCAUCGUGCAGAACAUCCGCUCCGAAAUCGAGAAUUGGUACAGCAACGGGUGCCUCGUCUCACCCCUGGAACCAGACAACGUCCCCAUUCACAACUCAGUUACCUGGCUCAGCGCGCGGUACUACCAUCUUCUCCUCCUCCUUCACUACCCCUGCCAUUUCAACUCGUGCGGCUCCAUCGUCUCCGCCGUCGAGCUGCUGCGUUUCGCCCAGAAACACCUCCAGUCGACCUCGGUCCUCCUCCAGCAGCGCCAGUUACCCCUGAACCGCGUUACUCUAUGCCGCCUCUUUCCCGUCGGUCUAGUCCUAAUUCACAGCUUCAUCGCCUGCGCCGCAGAAUGCACCUCUUUUUCGGCGCGCGACGAGGUCGCCGUCAUCGUCAGCAUCCUCGAGGCCUUCCCCGAGGGCUGGAACCAGGCGCGACAGGCAGCCCAGGUCUUUCGGCAGUUCAUGGGCCUCAUUUCUGGCGUGCCUAAUAACGGGUACACGACGCUGCAUUUUCCCGGGAACAACAACGUGUACGGCGGCGGCGGCGGCGGCGGCGGCCAGUUCUCGUCUAGAGAAUCGUACCAGGCUAUGGUGCGGCCGCUCAUCACACGGCUAGUCGCGCUGAUGCAGGAGGUCCUCGGCCGGUCGACGUGUUAUGCCUUUCAUGAGUUCCCAGACGAUUGUGGUGGGCAGCCUUCGGCGCCGGCGGGGUUUAGGGGCCAGACUGCGUUUUCGCCCACAGGGCCUACGCGGCAUUCGGCAGCGAUGGGGAAUGAUGAGUCAGCCAUGGACUAUGGCUGGGGUUCUUUGGAACUGGGGUUUCUCUGA